AGCGUUGAGCGUCCCAGAGUGUGGACCUUUCCUCUCUCACACACCACUACGGCUUUCGACGGUAGACGCCUGUACCUCUACUCCUUCGAAACUUCACUUUUUUCUCAUUAAUUUUACACACACACCAAGACUCUGUAGCAGGAGGAGGAGUAUUUAGUGUUUAAACGUUUAUACACACGGUGGCGAGGAUGGCGAUCUGGACAUCAAUUCUGGGGGCAGGUGAUGGGGGCGAUAGUCUCUGCUACCCCAAUCAAGCUGCAGAUUGGCGGCACGACUUCUGCCUUGCUGUACUUGACCAGGUUUGGUUACAUGGAUCCUAAAGUUACCAACCCUGAAUCAGGAUCACUUAUCUCUGGGGAGACUGUGAGAGAUUCUAUCAUGGAAUUCCAGGCAUUUGCUGGGCUAGAUCAGACAGGAGAGUUGGACGACGAGACCAUUGAGAUGAUGAACACUCCUCGUUGUGGUGUGAAAGAUAAGAUUGGCUUCGGUGCCAAUGCCAGAAAGAAGCGUUAUGCUCUGCAAGGCUCAAGAUGGCGUGUCAAGGAAAUCACUUACAGGAUCACCAAGUACCCUAAAGGUCUUCUGAGGAACGACGUUGACAGAGAGAUUGAGAGCGCAUUCCAGGUCUGGGCAGAUGUGACUGAUUUGGCAUUUAGGGCCGUGUCUACUGGCAAGGUUCACAUUGAGGUUCGUUUUGAGCGAGGAGAGCACGGUGAUGGCGACCCCUUCGAUGGUCCCGGAGGUACACUGGCCCACGCUUACUUCCCCAUCUAUGGCGGUGAUGCUCACUUUGAUGACACUGAGGCUUGGACCAUUAAGUCUUACAGAGGCACAAACUUGUUCCAGGUAGCAGCGCACGAGUUUGGUCAUUCCCUCGGCCUAUCCCACUCUGAUGAAAAUAAGGCUCUCAUGGCUCCCUUCUACCGAGGUUAUAAGUCUAAGUUCACUAUGGACGAGGAUGACAUAACAGGCAUCCAGGCACUGUACGGGAAGAAGACUACCCGGCCUACCCCUCCAACACAGCGACCCCCUACACCCAGUGCUUCAGAUAGUGGUAGUGGAGGCUCUUCACCAAGCGAGUCCUCUCUCUGCAAGGAUUCAUCUAUUGAUGUUAUUGUCACCUUGCCUGACAAGGAGACGUACGUGUUCAAGGGAUCUCAGUACUGGAAGCUCAUCGACGAUGGAAUUGCACCCGGUUACCCCAAGCUAAUUUCAGAAGGCUGGCAGGGUCUACCAUCUAACCUUGAUGCUGCCUUCACCUGGACCAAUGGCAAGACUUACUUCUUCAAGGGAAACCAGUACUGGCGCUACUCAGGUCUGAAGAGAGACGCAGACUACCCUAAGGAUAUCCAAAAGGGCUUUUCUGGAAUCCCUAACAAUAUCAAUGCAGCUUUUGUGUGGUCUGGAAAUGGCAAAAUAUACUUCUUUAAGGGUUCGGAGUACUGGCGCUUUGACCCUGCUCAGCGACCUCCCGUAAAAGAGAGCUACCCCAAGGAUAUAUCUAACUGGGAAGGUCUUCCUAACAAUAUUGAUGGCCUUCAAUACUCUAAUGGAUACACGUACUUCUUUAAGGAUGGACAGUACUGGCGCUUGUGAGCCUUCCGUAUAGACACAGCUUCCCCAGAGUUCCCUCGCCCAGCAGGCUACUGGUGGUUCGGCUGCCCUGCCUCAGGCUCUCAGAUGCAACAUGAUAUCCAGAAUGACCGAGCAGACAUCAUGCCACCAGCGGCAGCGAGAGAUGGAGACAACGAGGACGAUAGCUUUGACGUUGACGGUUCAGAUGGUGAUUUACCGGUGAGCCCCAACGUCAUAAGACCUCGAGUGGCAGGAGCUAGAAGCCAGGGUUACCAAGAGAGUGGCGCCACCUACACCGCCCUCACCCAACCAAUGACUCUCAUUCUCACACUUUUCAUAACACUCCUGCUUAAGGCAUAAACCAAAUGAGUCUUGUUAAUUUAAUGCUAAAGUUUAUCUCUGUUUAUAUCGUCAUUUUACUCUCUUGAUGUCAAAUUUCUUAUAUAAAUUAAUACUAAAAUCUUAUUAAUAAAUUGUCACCAAUAAACUGUUACUUGUCUCUACCAUUUACAGUACAGGAGUUUGUUGGCCGUAAGUAACAUUGUUCAGGGAUACAAAAAUAUACAACAGUUUUUUUCUGAUGUUGAAUGAGGGAACAAAAUACAGUAGAUACAAAAAUAUACAAUACUGUAUUUCCUCCUCUGGUGUUGAAUAAAAUUAGGCAAAAAUAUAAUUCUUACUUAGCAUGUACACUGUCAGCCAGAUCUUCUCGAACACCUGGGCACGAUAGAUGUUAGAAUGGGGAUUGUCAUCUGGGAAUGGUUUCAGUUUCUUCGUUCAUUUUUUCAGAUUUGUGUUGAGAAAUUUCUGGCUAGUGUACAUUAAAAUCUUUGUUAACAGUAAGAACAGGAAAAACUGCUAAUUAUUACAGGAUUACAAAUUGUUAAGGCUACAUUGUGGAUAUUACAUCAUGACGUCUUCGUGGCUUGUUAACGAUCUUGACAAAAGGCAGAAUUGACGAGAGAUACCGUUAGGCAAUACUGUAAUCUUGGCAGUGCAUUUAGAGGCUACGGAGAAUGACUUGGAUAAUGAUGGCAGGGGAUAAUUUAAGGAAUUUUUAGGAAUGGCAAGGGAAAAUUUAGGGAAUUUUCAAUAGUGUUUUGACAUUUCUUUCCCUAAAAUAGUCAAUUGAAACACAAAAUUCAUGGUGAUAUACCUUGUUACCUGAAGUGUAGACUAUGUGUAGACUAUCCCUGUAAAAGCCAUGUUGGUAUAUCUUUUGCUACCUGAAGUGUAGACUAUGUGUAGACUAUCCCUGUAAAAGCCAUGUUGGUAUACCUUUUGUUACCUGAAGUGUAGACUAUGUGUAGACUAUCCCUGUAAAAGCCAUGUUGGUAUACCUUUUGUUACCUGAAGUGUAGACUAUGUGUAGACUAUCCCUGUAAAAGCCAUGUUGGUAUACCUUUUGUUAACUGGAAUAUAAACUACCCCUCAAAGAGCCCAUAAACUGCCAGUUGCAUCUCUCUCUCUCUCUCUCUCUCACUGCCCCAAGUUUUAAAAGAGUAUGAUAAACAGUGCCUCUGUGAUUAUAACCAUUGACUUUGUUGGUGUGCAUGUUGUUAUUACAGUGAGGCUUCCAUCUUAAGGACCGAAGAUUUAAUGGAUAAAGUCACACAUAACGAACUACCGUAUCCUCCCUCGCAUACAGUACCUGUAGUUCGUUAUAUGGAGGUUUCACAUAUAAUGGACUCCUAUACCCUCUCCCAUAAUGUCCGUUAUAUGGAGGUUUCACUGUAGGUACUAUGGUCACUAGUAACUAGUGACUUAAGUAAAACAUAUGUGAUUUGUACAUGAGAAGUGAAAUGUACCGGAUGUCCAAAAUUAUCAGACCUGUUAUAAACCUUAAUAACUUCAGAAGUAUUAUGAACGCAACACAGUUUACUAGGACAAGGGAAGACUUACGAGUUGUUCCUCGUGUAUAAUAAAUCUAGAGUAUUUUACCUAUAAUGUUUUCGAGGUAUAAUGCUAAUCAAGUAUAAUAAAACCAUCAUAUUCUGUCUAUAAUAUUUCCGAGGUUAUUAAGCUUUAAAAUGGGUCGGAUGAUAUGAUAAGGACACCCUAUAUUACUCAGCAUGUAUGGGGUCUGUCUGUAAUGGAACGUACAGUAUAGUCUGUCUUUUUUUUAAAGCGUUCGAGUACUAUGCCUCAACUCACUAUGCAUAUGACUAUAAAAAGCAAACAUUUGAUCUCUUAUUUCCAGUACAGUAUGUGUGUGUGUGUUGUUUAUGUGUAUACAAUGUGUCUUGCCUGAAAAUUGUUUACUUGUUAAAAUUCUAAUCCUUGUGAAAUGUUAGGAAUUUUUUGCUAGGAUUUAUGACCGAUGUUCAAAAGUUAAUGAAUGUUUUAUCUGAUACACAAACUAUUCCUCAAGGCAUUAAGCUUUGUUACUGUACAACAAAGCAUAAGUUAUUGUUAGUCAUGUAAGCAUAUAAUUUUUUUCUGUAUAUAUUUGUACAUAAGUAUUGUUAAUAGGGUUUUACAUACUACUGUAAAAAAAAAGAAGAGAAAAAUUGAGGUGUUCAAAAUCAUAACCUGCUAUCCGCCAGUGGUCAAUAUGGUGGACGGAAAGUCAAGAUUCUGAAAGCCUUAAUUAAUCUCACGUCCUGUUAGCUCUGUUUUUUUUUCUAUAAUUCUCUCUUCUUAACAAAAUGCACUAUUAGUGAAUAAAUCUGUUUUUAUAUAA